AUGUCUGUUUCGGAGCCAAUUAAUCACCCGAACGUGCCUCUAAAGGAUACGAAACCAACAUACACUUGGAAAACUUCCGUUGGCGAUUGGUUUCGACACCUGUGGAGCAAAAACUUCUCUGACGCAGCGGUUGAGAAUAGACUUCUUUCUCAUUUGCCCUUCUAUCCUCAAUCAGAUGGCAAAAGAGUAGCACAGAUUAUCGACACAGAUCUCGGCGACGGCAACCUCGUGCACGAGUUUCUCGUGGAGAAUAUAGAACAGCCCGACGCGGCGCGCUCGCUCUCCACCACCAAUACCGUGAAAGAUAUUGUUCUUGUGCAUGGUUAUGCGGCUUCUCUUGGAUUGUUCCUAGAGAACUUCUCUGACUUGUCGUCCAUUCCGGGCGUGAGGCUCCAUGCAAUCGAUUUGCCGGGCUUCGGAUUCUCGUCGAGACCUAAGUAUCCUAAUUUUGCUCGCGAGACUAAAGAGGAUGUCUUUGAAAAUGAGGAUUGGUUCAUUGACCGUUUGGAGCAGUGGAGAAAGAAGCGUGGUAUCGAGCGCUUUGUGCUAAUUGGCCAUUCCUUUGGAGGCUACUUGAGCUGUGCAUACGCUAUGAAGUACAACACAAACCUUAUAGAUGCGGCCACGGGUGUUUCACAGCGCAUGAUAGAGAAAUUGGUGCUUGUCAGUCCAGUCGGUGUUGAGCGCCACGAUAAAGCUCUCACAGCUCCUGCCCCGGGGAAACCAAUGGCUGGGGAUGAUGAAUUGCCAAACCCUAUAGAAGAAGUCACACGGAACCAAGAAGAGAUUGUCCAUGAGGAUCAAGUAAGUCAUGGUACAACUGUCAACUCUUCGCGCCUUGGUGCAGCCAAUUCUUCGAUUUCCUCGAAUGAGCAGGACGCCGAGCCUCAGUCUGCCACGAAGCGUCUGGCAGAGUCAACGAGUAAGACCAGCAACAUGUUGAGAUGGUUGUGGGACCACAACUGUUCUCCUUUCUCCAUCACGCGAAACAUUGGCCCUGCGAGAUCGAAAAUGGUGUCGAUGUGGACCAGUCGUAGAUUUUCGCACGUAUACUUCUCAGAUCCUACCAAGUUUCAGAGCAUCCACGACUACUUCUACCGAGUGUUCAAUGGUGCGGGAAGUGGUGAGUAUGCCAUCACCAGAGUUUUGGUCUGGGGAGCCUUGGCAAGACUCCCGCUUCUCGAUCGUUGCCCCCAGAAAUUCGUCAAGAUGGGUCUUCCGACACUUUGGUUGUAUGGAGAUAACGACUGGAUGGAUGGCAAAGCCGGCUUAGAGAUGACCGAGGAAAUCAAUCAGCUUUCGCGCCAGCAAGGUAAAGGAACUUUAGCAUACUACGGUUUGACUCCUAGCGCUGGUCAUCACUUAUACCUUGAUAACCCCAAAUCAUUCUCGAAACUGAUCUUCGACUUCCUCAACGUUCAAAAGUGA